GGCCACAGGAGGCGACGUCUCCCAGCCUGAUGAUGACGGAAGUAAUGCAGGAACGGAACCUCUGACGUGUCACAUUUUCGCCAUUUUCUUGAGGAAGGAAACGCCUUGAAGAGGAAAGGAAACGUAUCAACAGUGUUUAUUUUCACCAAAGUAGACUCUCAUCACCAGUCGCCAUGGGGAAUGUGUUUGGAGAUCUCUUUAACAGAAUGUUUGGGAAGAAGGAGAUGAGGAUCCUCAUGGUGGGUCUGGACGCUGCUGGAAAGACAACAAUUUUGUACAAGCUCAAACUUGGAGAAAUUGUGACUACCAUUCCCACAAUAGGUUUCAAUGUAGAGACAGUGGAGUAUAAGAACAUCAGUUUCACGGUAUGGGAUGUCGGAGGUCAGGACAAAAUUCGACCGUUGUGGCGUCAUUACUUCCAGAAUACACAGGGUCUCAUCUUUGUUGUGGACAGCAAUGAUAGAGAGCGAAGUGGGGAAGCCCGAGAUGAACUUGCAAGAAUGUUGGCAGAGGAUGAGCUGCGCGAUGCCGUGCUGCUAGUGUUUGCCAACAAACAAGACCUUCCGAAUGCUAUGAACGCAGCAGAGGUCACAGACAAGUUGGGUCUUCACUCCCUACGCAACAGACACUGGUAUAUCCAGGCAACCUGCGCCACCACCGGAGAUGGCCUCUAUGAAGGACUGGAUUGGCUGUCUAAUGAGCUCAAGAACCAUUAAUAAUCACAGUUAUCCAAACAACACCCAAUCUCUGACCUUCCUCUUGAUUCUUAAGGUGUUGAAAAACUGAGCUACCCUGUCCAAAAAAAGCUGUUAACCUACAGGCCAGAGGUGGGGUUGAUCUAUUCUUGUAAAACUUUUGGGGUAUUUUGUUAUUUUAUGUAAUUGUAAAUAUGUUUGGUAAUGGGGCAGCUUAUUGCACUCUUACAGAUCCUACUGUGGUUAUUUUUCUUGCUCUGGCUGUUGGGCAGCCAUGUGUGCAUUCAAUAAGAAAAGGGAGGCAAGGAAUAAGAAUUUACCAGCACAUGUUGGCUCCAGGACCUCAAUGCAAUCUGAUGACUUGUUAUUAUCUUGUCACAAGUACUGUAGAGAGUGAUCCGUGAGGGCCUUUUAAUUUUCGAAAAACUGAAUUAUACACUGACGUGAUGCACUACUACAUGUACCAGCCCCCCAAAUUACCAUUUAGGAGACACUGGCAUACCAUUUAUAUUCUUUACUGACAUAACUCUGUCCAAGUUGAGAAACUCCUCAUCGGUGAACACUUACCAGCCUUUGUUAUAAAGUGUGUCAGCUUGAAUUGAGAAAUGCUGCAAUGAUCUCACAUCUACCUGCUUUAUGGUUGUUUGAACGGCAGUCUGUUGGGUCAGUGUUUGGGUUUUUGUAUUUCUGAGUCUCAGGUUGAUCAUGUGCUGCCUUUUGCAAUAUAUUUGCAUGAUGUGGUCUAUUGGUCUUUAAGGGCAUGCAUAUUUACCGGGUGUUUACAUCAUAAGGCUGCACAAGAACUGUUACCCCACUAAGUACUUAUUUCCACAGCCCUGUACUCUAAGUUGUGUAUACUGUGUGAGGUAAAUGUGACUAAAGGAGUUGCACACUACAACGUUUGUGUUCUCAUUUAAGGUUCUAGCAAGUCAUGCCUUUUUAUAUAUAUAUUUAAUCUUAACUGGGGAAAUGCCAUUUUGAUGGCAAUACAAAGUCAUCUUCAUUUAUAUUGUAGUGCCAUUAUUUCUUUCUUUGCAGCACAUUGUCCUUGGGGUAAACAGGAAGUAUGCAUAUGCCUUCUUAUCCAAGACACAGGUUGCCUCUUAUUUCUUUUCUAAAAGGUGUGGGUGUUAUUUUAAUGCUCUGAAUAUUAUUUUGGGUUGUGUUAAAACAUGAUUUUGCCUAAAUGUUUGGAAACUAUGUUAAUCUCUUAAAGUUUGUCUGUGUUUUUAUGUAAAGCUUGUUUUGUGAGGGGAGGGGGGGCACUGUAAUUAAAGUGACUGGAGGAAAAUGUU